AUGGACUCAGCUAUCAGUGUCACACAACUACCAGAUGCACCACCACCAAUAAUGUGCAAUCAGCAAGUAAGUUCCUUAAUUAAUUAUAAAUUAUAUUUUUGAAAAAAUUAUAAUCAUCUAUCAUAAGCAGGAGUAAAAGAAUCUGGUAUAAGACAUGGCGGGAAGAAUGCAGUUAGACAUGUCUAACAUUACAUUGCAAUGGUGAUAGGCUGUUGUCUAUACGGUACGUAUAUUUACUUUUGUCUUAUACAACUCUAGCUGUUAUAUUUCACCUAUAGGCAUCCACUUCAAAUGUCACAGCUAUAUCCCCUUCAGAAAAUACAGAGAUUUCACCAAAGAGAUUCAAACCUGAUUUUGUAAGUUAACUGAUAACAAAUUUAUUUUUAACAAAAGUAAUGCAUCUGCCAUGUGAUUCCAUACAGUUCGUAUAGAACAAGUUCCUUUUAGAAUACGUAGUGCACCUUCAAUUCCAAUUUAAUUUCAUAAAUAACUAGUAAUUAAUAUUAUUGCAUAAUUUACAUGUAGAACAUAAGAUCAAUACUUGAAAAAUCCAUACCUGGAGAAAAUAUCCUGAAAGACUUGGGAAGUGGAAAUCUUUCAAGAAACAACAGACUAAAAAUGGUUCAGAUUCUCGUAGCUGAGCUCAUGACAAUGUUUGGAGACAGGUUUGGCUAUUAUGCAGUAUUCGGUGUACAUAAGUUUGGAUUUCUGGUGUUCCUGUUUACUCAUGGCAGAUUUUUGGCUCAUCACUGGAAGACCAUUGCAUCAUAAUAUACUUCUUGUUCUUUUCUUUUAUAACAGACCAAAAUCGGAUAUAAAAAUUGCAAUGGCAAGGGCUGUCAUUGAGGAGUUUCCUUUUCUGAAAGAUGAAGAAGGCCAGGGAUUUGUAAGUGUAAUUGCUAGUAAGAUCAUGAUUAAAUGUCCUACAUACAUACAUGUAGAACUGUUGACUUUGUACAAAACCAUUGUAUUAGGAUUUUGGUGUGCAUAAUAAUCACCUAAUGUAUGCGUAAUAAUCACACCAUAUAGGAAGCAUGGUAUACUCCUGGCAAAGGUUUGCAUUCAGCCACAGGUUGGUUGGAAGAAAAACUAAGAAAUAUGAGACGAAGGAUAAAUCAAGAAAAAAAUAAAACAAAUAUAUCAAGUAGUAGUGCAACAGUAUCCAAAUCAAAGCUGGUACAAUUUACCUCUUUACCAGGUAACGGCCAUGUUAUGAAUAUAUUGUUGUAUAUAGACAAAAUAUCCAUUCUGACUUCAACUUCAUGUACUUAUAUAAUAGUAAACUCAAAUUAAAUUUCUGUCAUUAAAAUUUACAGAAAGCAGCAUAAGUGAAGAGGACUACGAGGGGAUGGUGGAGUGGCUCAAGCACCAUGUCGAGCCACUCACAAAAGUCAAAGAGUUUAUGAGCAAAACGUCGGUAAAAAGAGCGUCGUGGAUACGGGAACACUCUGAUUUAUCAGUGGGUGCUAUUCUGAAAGAACACCCAAGGCUAAUUGAUACACCGGGUAUG